AUGUGCUGGCAUCCCAGACAAAGUUAUCAAAGUUUGCGAGAACCUCAAUUCAUCGCCUUCCGACGGAUGGUGAUCUACUGCUUAUGCCACGAUAGCCACCGGCUGACACCGCCCGAGGACCGUGCCUGGCUCGAGGGCAAGAUGGAGCCAUGGAGGGCCUUCACGAUUUCGGCGUCGGCCCGGUUCAGAUCUUCGAAAAGUAGUGCACUGGGCUUCGUGGACUUCAUGAAGCGGAGCGCGGGCCGAUUGCAUGGCGAGUGGAGAGCAUGGAAGGCCCUGAAGCCCACACCGUGGAAGCCUUUCCUAGAUGACUACUACAACAUGUUCCGCAUGCCGCUCGUCAUUUGUGCCGAUGCGUGCGAGAAGGGGCCCGAAGUGGAAGUGGGGCGUGUCCUGCCAGCCGAACGGCGACGCUGGCGUCUUCCAAUUCUGCGUCCUGCGACACUGGACUUUCUGACAACAUCGCGUGCAAUGGUGUACCGGCGUACCGGUAUACCAAGAGGAUCCAAGAGACCGACAUGCUCACGCAGACAGACAUACUGCUACGGGCUUGACCGAGGACGAGUGAAUGGCAAUGGAAUGCCAAAAAGAAAAGCUACAAGCAGCAGCUGCCUUCUUAGUUGCGUCAUCACAAAAUCCCGGACAUCUGCGUAG